AUGCCGCGUCGUUCCUCGCAGUUGUCGCCUUCAGCAGGAGCGCGGACCACGGUGAUUGCGGCGAGCGCCGUGAGCGUCGAGCGCGGACGCACGACAGGACAGGGGCUCGGCCGCGGCCUGCCGGAACGCGCGGCAUUCGGCGCGUCAAACGGCACCGGUGCGAGCAACGAGUCGUCCUUGGGCUCCGCAGGGAGAAGCGCGAGCAGGCGCGAAGGGGCCGGCGAGGGGACGAGACGAGCGGAGCGCGGGCGGGCCGUGGUGGCGCGUGCGGUGGUGGGCGGGGAGAUUGCGCUGGGUCCGGCGGUGGUGGCGCAAGUGAUCGACGACCUCGGGCUCGACGCGCUGCUGUUCCUGCUCACCACGGUCAUCAUCGUUCCCACCUGCAAAUGGCUCAAGAUAAGCCCGAUUCUGGGGUUCCUGGGCGCGGGGCUGGUGUUCAGCCGGCUGGGGUUCGGGCAGCACGUGAACGAGAUCGCGCCGGUGUCGGAGCUGGGCAUUCUCUUCCUGCUCUUCCAGAUGGGCAUCGAGCUCUCCGUCGACCGCCUUAAAGAGCUCGCCAAGUACUCUUUCGGCCUCGGCCUCUCGCAGAUUGCAGCGUGCACCCUCGCGUUCGCGUUCCUGCUGCAACCAGCCGACAGCCCCAUCUCCCCGGCCCACCUCUUCUCGCAAGCCUCCUCCCUCCUCACCCUCCUCCCCUCCUCCCUCACCUCCCUCGUCCCCGCCCUCCCCCCGCUUCCUUUCUCCACCGACCUCCUCGCUCCCCUCGCGAACAUCACGCUGGACGAGGCGCUCGUCAUAGCCGUCGCGCUCUCCCUCUCCUCCUCCGCCUUCGUCCUUAAUCUCCUCGACGAGCACGACGAGCUCGAGACGAAAUUCGGCUCGGCCACUCUGGGCGUGCUGCUGAUGCAGGACAUAGCAGUCGUGCCUAUCCUUGCCAUACUCCCCGUGCUUGAAGUUGCAGCAGCGCUCCUAGGCGGCCCUGCAAACGUCGCUCUAGCCCAACUCCUGGUAGCAGGCGCGCUCAAGGCUCUCCUGGGCCUGGGCGCCAUUCUCGUGGGAGCGCAAUGGCUUAUGAAGCCUGCUUUCGCAGCAGUGCAGCGCGCCAAUGCGCCAGAAGCCUUCCUGGCUCUCUCUCUCCUCGCUGUCACUGGCACUUCCCUUGCCACCGACAAGCUGGGGUUUUCGGAUUCUCUCGGAGCUUUCCUGGCUGGUGCGAUUCUGUCCUCUACGCCUCUCAAGCAUGACGUGGCGCUCUGCACGGGUCCCCUGCAGAAACUGCUGCUGGGACUGUUUUUCGUCACUACUGGCUCUUCUAUCGAUGUGGAUUUGCUCGUGGAGCAGUGGCCGGUAAUUCUGACGCUUCUUGGCGGCUUGCUGGCAGUGAAGACGGCGACAGUUGCGCUGCUGGCGCCCAGGUGGGGACUGAAAGGCAAGGAUGCCAUUCGCACGGCGCUGAUUCUGUCGCCUGGAGGAGAGUUUGCCUUCGUGGUGCUGGCACUGGCUUGCGACCUAGGUGUUCUUCCCACUGAUGUCAACCGGAUUGUGCUUAUCGUGGUGGUGCUAUCCAUGGCGCUUACUCCUGCUCUGGAUGCUCUGGGGUAUCUUAUCGCUGGAAUCGGUGGGAGGGAUGAGAACGAUGGGUGGCUGGAUGUUGAGCUGGUGGAGAGGCGGAAGCAUGGGAAGGCGUUACCUGGUGAAGGUAGGGGGUUGUUCCUGCCAGCUGGGGUGGUGGAUGUAGAUGUGGGGGAGGUGAGGCAGGGGGGCAGAGGAGGAGGAGAAGCAGAGGAAGGGGAUAUGGAUGAUGGGUCUUUGGAGGAACUUGAAAGGAUUGCUUCUGGAGCUAUCCCCCCUCCGCCUCUUGAGCCCAACCCUGUGUUUGCAGCACGGAGUGAAGGGGACGGACGCGAGAGCAACAGUGGUAAGGAUGUAUCUGUGUCAGGGGGCGGAAUGGGGGGCUCUGCAGCAGCAAUCAAUCCGGGAGGGGGCGCUGGGGUUUCUGGGGCGGGUGGGGGAGAGGGAUUUGGGGGUGAUGUGUUUGGUGGGGGGGAUGGGUUUGGAGCAGCCACAGAGGCCCCUCAGUUAAUUGGCCCCGGGGAUUAA